GCUAUUUCAAACCGAAAGUAAAACCUGAUCUUUUUUCCCUUCCGUGCGGGUGGAAAUGGAUGAAUAAGAUUCCCUUAUUUUGGAAAUAUAUCCCUUGUUUUUUUAUACAUUUGGGAUAUAUUUUUUCAUUAAAAGCUCUGUGAGCACACACGGUUCCCUACAGCCAUGAUUUCAGCUCUACCACUGAGAUGGUUUUCACUGCUCCUUUUCUCAGCUCUCAUCCAUCAGACUUCUUCUGGAUUAUUUUCAGUGAAGGUUCAGUCUCCAGUCUCGGGGCUCCUCGGUUCCUCUGUGUCUCUUCCCUGUAGUCUUGAAAACAACUUGGAUGCUCGACACCUGGAGGUGCGCUGGUAUCGUCCCAAAUUACAUAAUACCCCGGCCCUGUUCUACAAAGACACACAGAUCCAGAAGAAUCCUGUAGAUGUUCAGUACCAGGGCAGAGUGUUCCUGUUAGGAGACCUGGAGAAAGGAGAUGUCUCCAUGAAACUGGAGAACCUGACUCUAGCAGAUAGAGGAGACUAUGUGUGCCAUGUAAAAAGUGAUGACUGGUAUGACAAGGCCACGGUGUCCCUCAGAGUGAGAGUGGUGGGAUCCACUCCUGUUCUCACCUUACAUGAAGCAGGAGAAGGAAAGAUUAACGUUAGCUGUCACUCACAUGGUUGGCUACCUGAGCCUUCAGUCAUCUGGACAGAUAAAGAUGGGAGAGAUCUGAAACAUCUCAGCAAAGACAAGUUCACCAACAAUACUGAAGGACUUGUAGAUGUGAGCUCAUGGAUGAUUGUGUCUCCAUCUUUGUGGAUCUCCUGCUCUGUGGGUUUGUCUGGUCAGGAGACAAAAGAGUGCAGAACAGCAAUAUUCAUCCCUGCAGAAAUAGAGAAAAGCGCAGAAACAAGACUGACUCCAUCUCCAGGUCUCACACAUGAUACCAACAACACAAUUCCCAACACAAACUCAACUUCUACCCCUGGUACCAAGAACUCAACUUCUACCCCUGGUACCAAGAACUCAACUUCUACCCCUGAUACCAAGAACUCAACUUCUGCACCAUAUACCAAGAACUCAACUUCUACCCCUGAUACCAAUAACUCAACUUCUACCUCUGAUACAAAAAUCUCAACAUCUACACCAUAUACAAAGAACUCAACUUCUACCCCUGAUACCAAAAGCUCAACUUCAACACCAUAUACCAAGAACUCCACUUCUACACCUGAUACCAAGAACUCAACUUCUACACCUGAUACCAAGAACUCAAGUUCAACGUCUGAUACCAAGAGUUCAACUUCUACACCUGGUACCAAGAACUCAAGUUCAACGUCUGAUACCAAGAGUUCAACUUCUACACCUGGUACCAAGUACUCAACUUCAACAUCUAAUACCAAGAACUCAACUUCUGCCCCUGAUACCAAGAACUUAAAUUCUACUCCUGCUACCAACAACUCAACUUCUACCCCUGAUACCAACAACUCAACAUCUACACCAAAUGCCAAGAACUCAACUUUUACCCCUGAUACCAAGAACUCAACUUCUACCCCUGCUACCAAGAACUCAACUUCCACACCUGAAACCAAGAACUCAACAUCUACACCUUUGACCAAGAACUCAACUUCCACUCCUGUUACCAAGAACUCAACUUCUACACCUGAUACCAAGAACUCAACUUCUACACCUGGUACCAAGAACUCAACUUCAACAUCUGAUACCAAGAACUCAACUUCUGCCCCUGAUACCAAGAACUUAAAUUCUACCCCUGAUACCAGGAACUUAACAUCUACAACUGAUACCAAGAACUCAACUUCUGCAGCUGAUACCAAGAACUCAACUUCUACUGCUGAUACCAGGAACUCACCUUCUACCCCUGAAACCAAGAACUCAACUUCAACAUCUGAUACCAAAAUCUCAACAUCUACACCAUAUACAAAGAACUCAACUUCUACCCCUGAUACCAAAAGCUCAACUUCAACACCUCAUACCAAAAACUCAACAUCUACAACAAAUACCAAGAACUCAACUUCUACCCCUGAUACCAAGAAAUCAACUUCUGCACCUGAUACCAAUAACUCAACUUCUGCACCAUAUACCAAGAACUCAACUUCUAGCCUUGAUACCAAAACUCAACUUCUAUUCCUGAUACCAAAACUCAACUUCUCCCCUGAUACCAAAAACUCAACUUCCAUCCCUGAAUUCAACUUCCAUUCCUGUUACCAAAACUUACCUUCUGCACCAUAUACCAAGAACUCAACUUCAAUACCUCAUACCAAGAACUCAACUUCAAUACCUAAUACCAAGAACUCAACUUCUACCCCUGAUACCAAGAACUCAACUUCUGCACCAUAUACCAAGAACUCAACUUCUACCCCUGAUACCAAUAACUCAACUUCUACCCCUAUUACCAAGAAGUCAACUUCUACACCAUAUACCAAGAACUUAACUUCAACAUCUGAUACCAAGAACUCAACUUCAACAUCUGAUACCAAGAACUCAACUUCUACACCAUAUACCAAGAACUCAACUUCUACCCCUGAUACCAAGAACUCAACCUCAACGUCUGAUACCAAGAACUCAACCUGUGCACCUGAUACCAAAAACUCAACUUCUGCACCAUAUACCAAGAACUCAACUUCUAGCCUUGAUACCAAAAACUCAACUUCUAUUCCUGAUACCAAAAACUCAACUUCUCCCCCUGAUACCAAAAACUCAACUUCCAUCCCUGGUACCAAGAAUUCAACUUCAACAUCUGAUACAAAAAACUCAACUUCCACACCUGAUACCAAGAACUUACCUUCUACUCCUGAUACCAACAACUCAACUUAUACACCAGAUACCAAAAACUCAACUUCUACCCCUGAUACCAACAACUCAACAUUUACACCAAAUACCAAGAACUCAACUUCUACCCCUGUUACCAAGAACUCAACUUCCACUCCUGUUACCAAGAACUCAACUUCAACGUCUGAUACCAAGAAUUCAACUUCCACUCCUGUUACCAAGAACUCAACUUCUACACCUGAUACCAAGAACUUAACUUCUACCCCUGAUACCAAUAACUCAAUUUCUACCCCUGAUACCAAGAAUUUAACAUCUACAACUGAUACCAAGAACUCAACUUCUGCAGCUGAUACCAAGAACUCAACUUCUCCAGCUGAUACCAAAAACUCAACUUCUACUGCUGAUACCAGAAACUCAACUACUCCCCCUGAUACCAAAAACUCAACUUCCAUCCCUGAUUCCAAGAACUCAACUUCUACCCCUGAUACCAAGAACUCAACUUCUGCACCUGAUACCAAGAACUUUACAUCUACAACUGAUAUCAAGAGCUUAACUUCUGCACCUGAUACCAAUAACUCAACCUCUACUCCUGAUACCAGGAACUUAACUUCAACAUCUGAUACCAAGAAUUCAACUUCCACUCCUGUUACCAAGAACUUACCUUCUACACCUUAUAGCAAGAACUCAACUUCAAUACCUCAUACCAAGAACUCAACUUCAAUACCUCAUACCAAGAACUCAACUUCAAUACCUAAUACCAAGAACUCAACUUCUACCCCUGAUACCAAGAACUCAACUUCUGCACCAUAUACCAAGAACUCAACUUCUACCCCUGAUACCAAUAACUCAACUUCUACACCAUAUACCAAGAACGCAACUUCUACCCCUGAUACCAAGAACUUAACUUCAACAUCUGAUACCAAGAACUCAACUUCAACAUCUGAUACCAAGAACUCAACUUCUACACCAUAUACCAAGAACUCAACUUCCACUCCUGUUACCAAGAACUCAACUUCUACACCUGAUACCAAGAACUUAACUUCUACCCCUGAUACCAAUAACUCAAUUUCUACCCCUGAUACCAAGAACCUAACAUCUACAACUGAUACCAAGAACUCAACUUCUGCAGCUGAUACCAAGAACUCAACUUCUACUGCUGAUACCAGAAACUCAACUACUCCCCCUGAUACCAAAAACUCAACUUCCAUCCCUGAUUCCAAGAACUCAACUAUUGCACCUGAUACCAAAACCUUAACUUCUACCCCUGAUACCAAGAGCUCAACUUCUGCACCUGAUACCAAGAACUCAACUUCAACAUCUGAUACCAAGAACUCAUCUUCUACACCUUAUACCAAGAACUUAAUCUUUACACCUGAUACCAAGAACUCAACUUCAAUACUUCAUACCAAGAACUCAACUUCCACUCCUGUUACCAAGAACUCAACUUCAACGUCUGAUACCAAGAAUUCAACUUCCACUCCUGUUACCAAGAACUUACCUUCUGCACCAUAUACCAAGAACUCAACUUCAAUACCUCAUACCAAGAACUCAACUUCAAUACCUAAUACCAAGAACUCAACUUCUAACUCAACUUCAAUACCUAAUACCAAGAACUCAACUUCUGCACCAUAUACCAAGAACUCAACUUCUACCCCUGAUACCAAGAACUUAACUUCAACAUCUGAUACCAAGAACUCAACUAAAACAUCUGAUACCAAGAACUCAUCUUCUACACCUUAUACCAAGAACUUAAUCUUUACACCUGAUACCAAGAACUCAACCUCAACGUCUGAUACCAAGAACUCAACCUGUGCACCUGAUACCAAAAACUCAACUUCUGCACCAUAUACCAAGAACUCAACUUCUAGCCUUGAUACCAAAAACUCAACUUCUACUCCUGAUACCAGAAACUCAACUUCUCCCCCUGAUACCAAAAACUCAACUUCCACCCCUGUUUCCAAGAACUCACCUUCUACCCCUGAAAUUAAGAACUCAACUUCUGCACCUGAUACCAAGAACUCAACUUCAAUACCUCAUACCAAGAAGUCAACUUCUACCCCAGGUACCAAGACCUCAACUUCAACAUCUGAUACCAUGAACUCACCUUCUACAUCUGAUACCAAGAACGCAACUUCUACCCCUGCUACCAAGAACUCAACUUCAAUACCUGAUACCAACAACUCAACUUCUACCCCUGAUACCAACAACUCAACAUUUACACCAAAUACCAAGAACUCAACUUCUACCCCUGUUACCAAGAACUCAACUUCCACUCCUGUUACCAAGAACUCAACUUCAACGUCUGAUACCAAGAAUUCAACUUCCACUCCUGUUACCAAGAAUUCAACUUCCACUCCUGUUACCAAGAACUUACCUUCUACACCUUAUAGCAAGAACUCAACUUCUGCACCAUAUACCAAGAACUCAACUUUAAUACCUCAUACCAAGAACUCAACUUUAAUACCUCAUACCAAAAACUCAACUUCAAUACCUAAUACCAAGAACUCAACUUCAAUACCUCAUACCAAGAUCUUAACUUCUGCACCAUAUACCAAGAACUCAACUUCUACCCCUGAUACCAAUAACUCAACUUCUACCCCUAUUACCAAGAAGUCAACUUCUACACCAUAUACCAAGAACUCAACUUCUACCCCUGAUACCAAGAACUUAACUUCAACAUCUGAUACCAAGAACUCAACUUCAACAUCUGAUACCAAGAACUCAACUUCAACAUCUGAUACCAAGAACUCAUCUUCUACACCUUAUACCAAGAACUUAAUCUUUACACCUGAUACCAAGAACUCAAACUCAACGUCUGAUACCAAGAACGCAACCUGUGCACCUGAUACCAAAAACUCAACUUCUCCCCCUGAUACCAAAAACUCAACUUCCAUCCCUGAUUCCAAGAACUCACCUUCUACCACUGAAAUUAAGAACUCAACUUCUGCACCUGAUACCAAGAACUCAACUUCAAUACCUCAUACCAAGAACUCAACUUCUACCCCAGGUACCAAUACCUCAACUUCAACAUCUGAUACCAUGAACUCACCUUCUACAUCUGAUACCAAGAACGCAACUUCUACCCCUGAAACCAAGAACUCAACUUCAAUAAAUGAUACCAAGAACUCAACUUCUACACCUGAUACCAAGAAUUCAAAUUUAACAUCUGAUACCAAGAACUCACCUUCUACACCUUAUACCAAGAACUCAAUCUCUACACCUGAUACCAAGAACUCAACUUCAAUGUCUGAUUCCAAUAACUCAACUUUUACACCAUAUACCAAAAACUCAACUUCAAUACCUGAUACAAAGAACUCAACUUCAACACCUGAAACCAAGAACUCAACUUCUGCACAUGAUACCAAUGACUCAACUUCUGCACAUGAUACCAAUAACUCAACUUCAACACCUGAUACCACCAACUCAACUUCAACACCAGAUACCAAGAACUCAACAUCUACACCUGAUACCAAGAACUCAACUUCUACCCCUGAAACCAAGAACUCAACUUCUGCACCUGAUACCAAGAACUCAACUUCAAUACAUGAUACCAAGAACUCAACUUCUACACCUUUUACCAAUAACUCAAAUUCUACCCCUGUUACCAAAAAGUCAACUUCUACACCAUAUACCAAGAACUCAACUUCUGCACCUGAUACCAAGAACUCAACUUCUGCACCUGAUACCAAGAACUCAACUUCUGCCCCUGAUACCAAGAACUCAUCUUUAACACCUGCUACCCAGAACUCACCUUUAACACCUGAUACCAAGAACUUAACUUCAAAACCUGAUACCACGAACUCAGCAUCUACAUCUGAUACCACAAACUCAACUUCAACACCAGAUACCAAGAACUCAACUUCUACCCCGGAAACCAAAAACUCAACUUCAACACCAGAUACCAAGAACUCAACAUCUACACCUGAUACCAACAACUCAACUUCAACACCUGAAACCAAGAACUCAACUUCUACCCUGACCAAAAACUCAACUUCUGCACCUGAUACCAAGAACUCAACUUCAAUACCUGAUACCAAGAACUCAACUUUAACACCUGAAACCAAGAACUCAACUUCUACACCAGAUACCAAGAAAUCAACUUCAACAUCUGAUACCAAGAAUUCAACUUCUGCACCUGAUACCAAAAACUCAACUUCAAUACCUGAUACCAACAACUCAACUUCUACCCUGAAACCAAGAACUCAACUUCUGCACCUGAUACCAAGAAUUCAACUUUUGCACCUGAUACCAAAACUCAACUUCUACACCUGGUAUCAAGAAAUCAACUUCCACACCUGAUACCAAGAACUCAACAUCUGCCCCUGAUACCAAAAACUCACCUUUAACACCUGAUACCAAGAACUCAACUUCAAAACCUGAUACCAUGAACUCAACAUCUACAUCUUUUACCAAAAACUCAACAUCUACAUCUGAUACCAAAACCCAACUUCUCCCCUGAUACCAAGAACUCAAAAUCUACACCCGAUACCAAGAACUCAACUUCUACUCCUGAUACCAGGAAUUCAAAAUCUACACCUGAUACCAAGAACUCAACUUUAACACCUGAAUCCAAGAACUCAACCUCUGCACAUGAUACCAAUAACUCAACUUCAAUACCUCAUACCAAGAACUCAACUUCUAACCCUGAUACCAAAAACUUAACUUCCGCACCUGAUACCAAGAACUCACCUUCAACACCUGAUACCACCAACUCAACUUCAACACCAGAUACCAAGAACUCAACAUCUACACCUGAUACCAAGAACUCAACUUCUACCCCUGAAACCAAGAACUCAACUUCUGCACCUGAUACCAAGAACUCAACUUCAAUACAUGAUACCAAGAACUCAACUUCUACACCUUUUACCAAGUACUCAACUUCUACCCCUGAUACCAAAAACUCAACUUCUACCCCUGUUACCAAGAACUCACCUUCAACACCUGAUACCAAGAACUCAACAUCUACACCUAAUACCAAGAACUCAACUUCUACACCAGAUAACAAAAACUCAACUUCAACACCUGAUACCUAGAAGUCAACUUCUACACCUGAUGCCAACAACUCAGCUUUUACACCUGAUGCAAGAAACUCAACUUCUAAACCUGAUGCCAAAAACUCAUGUUUCACAUCUGCUGCUAGCAACUCAAUUCUGCAGCUACAAGUUCUGAAAAUAAAACAGUACACAUCCAAGUAAAAAGGAAAACAUACUUUGAUUAAGAAACAAAAAGCUUCUCUGAAGCAAAAGAAACCCUUACCAAGAGGAUAAAAGAGUAAAGAAACUUCUCCUUCUUCUAAGUGUCUCUAUGAGCCUCAAACAUCAGAGACUGAGGAUAAGAGAUUUGGCUCAAAUCUGUAAAGAACAAAGUGAGAUGUGAGAAAAUGUAAUAUAAAAAUAAGUAAAACUGACAUUAAAUUUCCACCAGGUGAGAUUAUUAGAUUGGAUUAGAUUAGAUUAGAUUCAACUUUGUCAUUGUGCAGGGUACAUGUACAGAGCCAAUGAAAAGAGAUGUUUGUGUGAGAUUAUGGUAAUGGAUGGGCAUCUCUCGCCUUCCAGGAAGGAUGUGGAGAUGAAAGUGAAGUAUCCUGAACAGGAAAACAGUAGCUGGUGUGUUAUUUAAUGAUUUAGGGUUUUUUUAUUAGUAUUUAUCCUUCAGCAUUUGUAAUGAUUCUUUUAUACUUCUUUAUGUUUAUAUUUAGAUCAUUUUAUUUUUUUUUCUACACAGACUGUAUAUGCUGUACACAUGAUAUUCCUGCUGUUUUUAUUCCAAUACUGUCUGUAAAUACACCAUAUCAUUAUGGGAACAUUUUAGAGUGUAACACUCGCAGAAGAAAACAAGAAAAUACUCUGUACACUUUUAUACACUUUUUUUUAUUGUUUCUUUUUAAAUUUUGAUGUUACCUGAGCCGAACUUCUGGAGCUUUCAGAUGAUUUCCCGGAGAAUUUUAAUGGUUUCCAGUGGGUUUUCACAUGACUUGUUCCAGAAUGCAAAAUAGAUGUAAAGAUGUAAACAGCAAAUGAAGUGUUUUAUAAACCUGCUUUUGAUUGAAUGGUGUGAAUAAUCGAGUAAAAUUAUUUUUAUGUCAAAUAAAAAUUUACAUUGUUACCUUUUAA